AGAGAGGAAAAAAUAAAAAAAUAAAACAAAAGUAGUGGAGCUGUUGGAGGAAGGGGGGCUGCGCGCUGAGGGUCUGCGGCUCAGAUGCUCCCUGUGGAUGGAGCUGAACGCACAACUUCUCUACCGUCCUCCCGCCGCUGCAGCUGCUGCCGGACUUCCCUCCAGAACCGGGGUCCUGUGACGAACCGAGCUGUGGACUUUACUUGUACCUGCCAGCAUGCGUCCUGCAGCCCUGCUGCUGCUGCUGCUGGCCGCCAGGACCUGCGCGGACAGCACGGAACGAGUAACAGCUGGCUGCACCUUCGAUGAAGACUCAGACUCUGGUUUAUGUGAGUACAAYCAGGGCCAGGAGGACGACUUCGACUGGCAGCUGAUCAGGACCUACAGCUGGCCACACCCAACCACCGAUCUUCUGCCAGGGUCCUUUAUGAUGGUGAAUUCCUCACAGCAUAUGGGGGCCCAGCGAGCUCAGCUGCACCUGCUUCCUCUCAGUGAGAACGACACCCACUGCAUCCAGUUCAGCUACUUCCUGUACAGCCGUGACGGCCACAGUCCAGGGGCCCUCCAGGUUUAUAUUCGAGUCAAUGGAGGCCCCAAAGGCAGUGCUGUAUGGAACAUCUCUGGCUCUCAGGGCCACCAGUGGCACCAGGUGGAGCUCGCAGUCAGCACCUUCUGGCCCAGUGAAUACCAGGUCAUCUUUGAAGCCACCGUUUCUGAUGAUCGGCAGGGCUACAUCGCCUUGGACGACACUGUGCUGCUCAAUUACCCCUGUUACAAGGUGGCUCAUUUCUCUCGGCUCGGUGACGUGGAGGUGAACGCCGGGCAGAACGCCUCCUUUCAGUGUGUCGCCACUGGAAAAGUUUCUGAGACGGAGCCCUUCCUGCUGGAGCGGAGAAACGGCGCCGUGCUCAACACUUCCUCUCUGUCGUGGCUGAGCCACAAACGGCUGAUGGCGACGUUUCAGGUGGAGGCYCAGCGUGGAGAGCAGGACCUGUACCGCUGCAUCACCCUGUCCCCCAGAGGAGCCGCCGUCUCCAACUUUGGAGAGCUUAUCGUCAGAGUGCCCCCGACACCAAUCGCACCCCCCCAGCUGCUGCGGGCAGGUCCCACCUACCUGAUUAUCCAGCUCAACACCAACUCCAUCGUUGGAGAUGGACCGGUCAUUCGUCGGGAGAUCCAGUACAGGGCCAGCCAGUCAACCUGGACUGAGACUCACAUUGUGGGCUCUCUUACCUACAAGGUCUGGCACCUGGAGCCAGACACAGAGUACCAGAUCAGUGUCCUGCUCACACGGCCCGGGGAGGGGGGUACCGGAGCACCUGGACCACCGCUCGUCAGCAGGACAAAGUGUGCAGAGCCUAUGCGGGCCCUGCGGGGUCUCACYGCCACAGAGAUCCAGCCUCGACAGUUGGCCCUUCAGUGGGAGCCACUGGGCUACAACCUGACCCGCUGCCACACGUACUCCUUAUCCCUGUGCUACCGCUACUCCACGCCAGCAGGGAGCAGCGGAGGGAACAARGCCACGGUCCGGGAAUGCCUAUCGGUGGACCGCAACACUUCUCACUUCACCRUGAGGGACCUGCCGCCCUUUCGCACGGUCCACGUGCGGCUGGCGCUGUCCAACCUGGAGGGCAAGAAGGAGAGCAGGGAGGUCACGUUCCAGACGGAGGAAGACAUUCCUGGAGGCAUUGCUCCGGAGUCCUUGACUUUCACUCCGCUUGACGACAUGAUCUUCCUCAAGUGGGAGGAGCCUGUAGAACCCAACGGUCUGAUCACACAGUAUGAGAUCAGCUAUCAGAGUAUUGAGUCUUCUGACCCGGGUAUUAAUGUCCCCGGUCCUCGUCGUACUGUAUCCAAACUGAGGAACGAAACCUACCACAUGUUCUCGGGCCUGUAUCCUGGAACCACCUACCUGGUGUCGGUCCGAGCCCGCACCGCCAAAGGCUUUGGCCAGACCGCGCUGACUGAGAUCACCACCAACAUUUCUGCUCCGGUGUUCGACUAUGAAGACAUUCCCUCUCCGCUGAGCGAGUCAGAGAGUACCAUCACGGUUCUGCUUCGCCCUGCCCUGGGGAGAGGAGCUCCUGUCAGUGCGUACCAGGUGGUGGUGGUGGAGGAYGAUGGGUCCCGACAGGUGAGGAGGAGGGAGCUGGGCACCGUGGACUGUUUCCCUUCUCCAAACUCCCACAACGAGGCCCAGCUCAAAGGCUCCCCUCAUUACUACACAGCUGAGCUGGCUCCCAGCAGUCUGCCGGAGGCCACGCCCUUCACCGUGGGCGACAAUCACACCUACAACGGCUACUGGAACAGUCCUUUAGACCCCACCAAGAACUACCUGGUCUACUUCCAAGCCACCAGCAACUUCAGAGGGGAGACCAGAAUAAACUGCAUUCGGAUUGCUCGCAAAGCUGCCUGUAAAGACUCCAAAACGGCUCUGGAGGUAUCCCAGCACACUGAGGACAUGGGUCUGAUCCUGGGAGCUUGUGCUGGAGGUCUGGUGGUCCUCAUUCUGCUGCUGGGGGCCAUCGUCAUCAUCGUGAAGAAGGGAAGGGACUUCUAUUCUUAUCCCUAUUACCCCAGGAAGAAGGUGGCCAUCAACAAGGCAGCCAUGUCCUACAGGCAGGAGAAGAGUCGAAAGCUGAGCUCGUUGGACUGCAGCAUGACGGAGCAGAGCACGCUGCAGCAGGAUGAGAGGAUGGCCCACUCCUUCAUGGACGCCCACAGCUGCAACACUCGAAAUGAGCAGCGGAGCUCCGUUAAUGAGUCCAGCAGCUUACUGGGAGGCUCACCCCAACGUCACUGUCAGAGGAAGAGCUCCCCUUAUCACACGGGCCAGCUCCACCCUGCUGUGAGGGUGGCUGACCUCCUGCAGCACAUCAACCAGAUGAAGACAUCCGAGGGCUACGGCUUCAAGCAGGAGUAUGAAAGUUUCUUCAACGGCUGGGACGUGACGAAAAAGAAAGAUAAAACCAAAGGAAAACACGACAGCUUGCUCAGCCAUGAUCGACAUCGGGUCAAGCUCCACUCUCUGCUUGCAGACCCCAGUUCUGAAUACGUCAACGCAAACUACAUCGAUAUUCGGAUAAACAGGGAAGGUUACCAGAGAUCCAACCACUUCAUUGCCACUCAAGGGCCCAAUCAAGAGAUGAUCUAUGAUUUCUGGCGGAUGGUUUGGCAGGAGAACUGCUUUAGUAUCGUCAUGCUCACCAAGCUGGUGGAAAUCGGCAGGAUUAAGUGCUGUAAGUAUUGGCCUGAUGACACUGAGCUGUAUGGUGACAUUAAGAUAACACAGCUGAAGACAGAAACUCUGGCUGAGUACACGGUGCGCACCUUCGCCAUGGAGAGGAGAGGUUACCCUGCUAAACAUGAGGUGAGUCAGUUCCACUUCACCUCCUGGCCGGAGCACGGCGUGCCGUACCACUCCACUGGCCUGCUGGCUUUCCUGCGCCGUGUCAAGGCCUCCACACCUCCUGAUGCUGGACCUGUGGUGGUCCACUGCAGUAUGGGGGCAGGCAGGACCGGCUGCUACAUCGUGCUGGACGUCAUGUUGGAUAUGGCUGAGUGUGAAGGAGUGGUGGACAUCUACAAYUGUGUAAAGACCCUGUGUUCCCGUCGGAUCAACAUGAUCCAGACUGAAGAGCAGUAUGUCUUCAUCCAUGAUGCCAUCCUGGAGGCUUGCCUGUGUGGAGAAACUGCCAUCCCUGUUUCUGAGUUUUCCCUCACCUAUAAGGAGAUGCUGAAGAUCGACUCUCAGAGCAACACCUCCCAGCUCAGAGAGGAGUUUCAG